CCCAUAUCUUACCCAACCUUUUUCUCACGCAACCCUCUUCCCCAUCCCCUUUUUCAUCCUCUGUCUCCUCCCAUCUCUAUCUCAUCACUUCUCAUCCGAUCUACUACCUCUCCAUCUCCAGCGGACUAUAAUAAGGAUGAAUGGUGAAUGUUUAUCCCCAACUCCAGCAACCGGCAGGUAGCGGCGACUCCGGCGACCACAUCAAUUGGCGGUAGUGGAGCCAAAGGUGGUGGCGUGGAUACGGACAACCGCCGAUGUUACGCAAGACGGCGGCGGUGACUGACGGCGAAGGUGCCUAGCGGCAAUGCAACCACACCAGUGGUGGAAGAGGCGGUUGUGGAGAUGGUGGCGGAGGUGCCUGGUGGUGACGGCGUCUGGCGGAGGUGACUAUGGCAGCUAGUGGUGGAAGAGGCGACUCCGGCGAUGACAUGGGUGACGAAGACAGGUGGGGUACCACUGACGACGGCGACGGAUGAAGCGGCGGCGGCAGCGGAUGAUGGGGCGGCGGUGACGGCGGUGGCGGCUCAGAAGGAAGAACGGCGAAACACAUCCCUAGCUCGAGGUUUGGAUCGGCGGAGAUGCAGCGGAGGGGCGGCGAGGCUCAGACAGGCGGCCCGGCGGAGAGAAGGUGCCAUGGCCGUGCGAAGAGAAGAUGCGCCUCGACCUUGUGCAGAAAUGAAGCAAGACCACGCCAUAGCCUGUGCUGUGCGUAGGGAUUUGAGCCAACUUAGAGAUGCGUCUUGCGGAUCGCGGAGAGAGACGUGCGGAGAAGCCUGAGUCACAUAUUUGGAAAAGGAGAAAAAGGUUAUACGUUUGUAAUUUGAAAAGUCAAAUGUCAGGGCAUUUGAAUCGGUUAUUUAACUAUUAUAUAACUAUUCAUGUCCAAUUUUUUUUAUGAAUCGGUUAUUUGUAUUUAUCUAACCAAACAUAAGC